ACGCAACGCAUAUCAAGCAUUUCGCCCGAUAAGAAUCAGCCGUGGCUCAUGGCCCAUGGCACGAUGACCUUGGCGGGGUACGGGCUAGCGACAGGGCAGCAUUUGUACAUGUACGGAGUACAUGCAGAUGCACUAGGCGGGAUGAUGCGAUUGGGCUUUGUGUUCUGCGCCGCCCCUGGUUUUUGGUUUUUAGCCGAGGGGCCACAUCCAGUUCCAAGAGUUCGUCAUUGUCCUACCUAAAAUAAGAGGCCAAGGGAGAAAAAAAAACCAGAGAAAAAAAACCAGAGAAAAAAGUGAAAAGAAGUCAAAUAUAUCAAGAUAUGAUGCCCUAUCUAUCGUGGGACAUUCUAUGAAGCUGAGGAAGCAAAAAAAAAAAAAAAAAAAAAAAAAAAAAAAAAACCAAAACUUACUCUACCCUCCUCCACAAAAUUUUCCCCAGGCAUUACCAUGCGACGGCAGCAUACAAGUCGUUGCUGAGUAGCAGUGCUAGUGGCCUGCGGGCCCGAUCAUAUUCUUCGCCAAGGCUGCGCGAAUGACAAUUGCAUCGGGGAGCUUGCGAAGUUUGCAGGAAAACUUCUGCGACUCGACCAAACGGUUAUUGGUAGGCAUGCUGAUGUUCCCUGGCUGAGUGAGAUAUUGCAGACCUCCCUGGUCUGUUUGCCAUUCAUUGUCGUGGGAGAAACCAAAAAUAAUGCAGGGGUGGGGCGAUGUUUUGAUCGAAUUUGCUAGCCUCGUCGAAUCCCUAGCUGGAUAUCCCAAAAUACAAACGGGGAAUGGUCGGGUACUGUACUUGUUUGUGCUGUUGUGUGGUUGCUCAUGGAAGCAUAUCCACCCGCAUAUCGGUGUCCGCUGUGAAAUCAAGGGGUUGUCUAGAAUCCUGGAGUUUCCGACUCGAUAUUGAUCACCAUUCCCGAAAUGUACUGUACCCGUACAUGUACGAGAGUUACAUACCUCAAGCGGUGGGCAACAAUUCACAAUAAAUAACAACCAUCCAAAAGCCUCCUCGCGGUCCGAUUUUCUCGGCCUGAUAUUCCAAAAUGCUUAUUUCUCCCCGAUGCCGUUUUUAGCGCGCUGUGGCAUAAGCUUUGGAGGGGCUCGCACUGCUCAAACCAAGCUGGCUACAGUGACUAGCGGAGAAGAUGGGGAAUGAACCUUGCAAGUGAGGCUGCUUGCCACAUUUUUAAGGGAAAGGGGAGGCCGAGGCAGGUUGAAACAUAGCGCUUGCAGGGAGGGCUGGGGGAAGUGGAAGACACGCGGCUAUUCGUUGUUUAAUUUCAUUCCAAGAAAUCCCAGCCGACCUGAUCCAACCCAUACUCGCGGCAUUGCCUCUUACAGAUGCAAAGUUGGUGGGUUUCCUGCACUAUUAAAUUUGGACAAAGGCCGUCCCAAGGUGUGGCUUGGGCGAUUGUUGCUCAUUGUCGGCCACUAGGGUACAGGACGAGAACCGUUACAAACCAUUUCAUAAGACUGUAUUCGAUACAACCUGUUUACGUUCGGUUAGCUCAAUUGUCUUCUACGGACAGAUGGAUGAUACCCGGCUGGCAGCAUUGUGGGGUUCUUGUGGGAGGCUGUCUGGUUAUACUCAUGUGCAUGGGUUCCUGUAGUCGCUUUCAUUCAGAAAAUUGAGAUGUAGACAUGCACAUGAAAUCUCAGCCGGGGGAAACUAGAAGAGCCGUAUUUCCCUCUCCGUUUCAUAGUAUAUCCCGGGCAACCUUGAUCAUACCACGGACUUGCGUCCUAAACAAACGUCCAAGUCAGGGUUUAGACACUGUGCUGUGGUCCAAGACUCCCAAGAGGGACGGGAUGAAGCUUGAUGAUACACCCGACCAAGCUCCAGCUUCUUGAUGAGCCGUCUAAGUGCAACCUGCGUAGUUGCCCAUGAUUGUCCUCCAUGUUCUCCUGUCGGCGCGCCUAACCUUAUGGAAGCAUUCGAGAAGGAGAAAAGACGCUAGAGCGUUUUAGUAGCGCGCCACCCUAUCCCCUCGUCUGGGAGCGUUACUCCACACUCCCCGCAGUUUCUGCGGGAUCUAGCACAACCAUCGAAUCAUGGCAUCUGUUAGACCGGUCACGUGUCCCACAUUAUACAAUAAUGUUGAUCCUCCUCCAGGUUAUGAGACCCUUGUUGCUAUCCAUUCUAAAGCAUUGCCAAACACGCUAUUCUGCUCUUCCUCAAGCCUAGAGGUUGGUUCUGUGAGUCCUACAAUAGUGGAAAGUCCGCAGCAGAGGCACCAGAAAGACCUUGAACGUGAGGCAUUGAAAGUCCUCAAAGAUGAGGCAAUUGGAAGUCCUCUAACAGAGACACCUGAUUCCCAUGACCAAGGGAAAUCAGCCACGAUGGCUAGAUCAAAAGAGUCAAGAAAAAUCAUUGUCUGAAUUCUCUAGUUGGGGAUACUCAUUGUUCAGAGUCUCUAAUUGAGAUAACUGCUGUUCAGAAUCACUAGCUGGGGUAAUAAAUAUCAUUGUCAAAGUUCAUUGUCAUCACACUCUCUAGCUGAGGUGAUCAUUACCUGAAGCUCCUAGUUGGAGCAAGAAAAAUUGUCAAAUUCGGAUUCUCGAGUUGAGAAUACCUGUUGUUUGAAGCCCCUAGUUGAGGUAAUACUACUAUUGUCAAGUUCAUUGCUAUUCUACAUUCUCUAUAUAGAAUGGGGGGAAGCUCCUAAGUUGGAGCAAAUGAUUUCAGAGUUCAGGGUUGUUGUAAUGGAAAUACAGAGAUGGGGGGAACAUUCGUGUGCUGUGCAUUGAAUUUUACAAUUACUGCUGUACAGGCGCCUAUUCCUCCUAAUCAGGAAACUAGAGUCUGAAUCUUGUAAUUAAUCGCUAGCUAGAUUAUAAGACAAUAACAUUGAUCCUCCUACAAUAUUCGCUGUGUAAAAGGUAUUUUUUGUAAUAUCCCGAGUGAUUUGUGGCUGGAACUUUUCAGAGAGAGUUUC